CUGCAUGCUGGGAAUCAGAAGACUCAGAAUAGGAUUGGUUGAGACUCGCCAGGGACCGCCGCCCUCGCAGGCUGGCCUGAGGGAAAGGGGAGGGGGCGCUGCGCACUUCCUGUAGACGCCGGCAGGCGACGGACUCACUGCGACUCCGCCUCACUAGGAAACUGCUAAAGUUCCUGUGGACGCAAAGUAGAAUUUCAUAAGAACAUAAUGGAUGGAGAAGAGAAAACCUAUGGUGGCUGUGAAGGCCCUGAUGCCAUGUAUGUCAAAUUGAUAUCUUCGGAUGGUCAUGAAUUUAUUGUAAAAAGAGAACAUGCGCUAACAUCAGGAACAAUAAAAGCCAUGUUGAGUGGCCCAGGUCAGUUUGCUGAGAAUGAAACUAAUGAAGUCAAUUUUAGAGAGAUCCCUUCACAUGUGCUAUCAAAAGUAUGCAUGUAUUUUACCUACAAGGUUCGGUAUACUAACAGCUCCACGGAAAUUCCUGAAUUCCCAAUUGCACCUGAAAUUGCACUGGAACUGCUGAUGGCUGCAAACUUCCUAGAUUGUUAAAUAAAAUAAAUUAUAAUAAACUGUUAACUUUUUCAGUAUUUAAUACCUAUAGUUCAGUUAGUAAUUUUUUCAUAUAUAGCAUGUUGCCUGUGUGCAAUUGAACUUUAAAGUUCAUUGCAAAGCAGAUUAUCUUCUGUUCUUUUGCAUAGCAAUCAGAGUUGAAAUUUGUUUGCUACAUCAACAAAUUAAGGACAUUUUCACAAAUUGAGAAAUAAACAAAUAUGCCAAUUCGUAGGUGGUUUCGCCUUAUCCUUUGGAUGUGAAUUUUAAUAUUAGAGCAGUGGUGAUAUAGUAAAUGCGGAAAUUUAGGCAUAAUUUGAACACGUUCUACAGGUAAUUAAUGGGGCUACGUAUUUUUAUGUUUGUAAUUUUUUUUUAAAAACCUAUUCUGAUCUUAUAGCCAUCGUUAGCAUUACUAGAGUUAUGCAAAUAAUUGCAUUAUAAACAUGUUUAUAACUUAGCCAAAAUACUGAUUUUUAUAACUGUCAAAGACAUAAGAGUUGAAAUUUCUUAUGUGUCUUUUGAUAAACUGCAGUGUUGUUUAAGUGUAUCUUGUCUUUUUGUUUAUUGCUACAAUUUAAGAACUUUAUUUAAAAGCAAUUUUGGAAAAUUACUAGGUAUAGCUUUUGGAGCAGUGACUUUUUGAACUGUAGCCACAUGGUCAACACGUAAACUACAUGACUUUGGUUUCAUGUGCAUUGUGCAUUUUAGCCAAUCCAAAGUCCUGUACUUCAUUGACUAUGAAGUUUCCUCUGCAAUAUUCAUUCUUCUCACAUGGUCCCCUUGUUGUGAUUACACUUCUGGUUAUUUAAAUAUGUUAAAAGAAUCACUCUGAACUUUAUCUAGAUCCUAAGAGCAAGACUUUUCUGAACUAUUCCAGUCUUCCUCCAUCGAACUGAAAUGUUAUAAAAUAUGAAAAUCGUGGAGAGAUGCAGUGCAAAUCUUAUAAUGCACUUUGAUAUAGUAUAUUAAUUAUCUUCUAUUAAUUAAAGUAUGUUCCAAUAAAUACGAUAUCCAUUAUCUGGGUCUUCUGCUGAAAUCAAGCUUAUAAAAAGUCAUUCAGCUUUUAUACUAAGUCAAAAAAUUUUUGGAGAGCUAUGCCAGAGCAUGUCUGCUUAGGCAUGGGAAAAGCAGCACUAGAGUUGGGUUUAUUGUUGUCCUAUCAGUAGUAAAACAAAGCGUAAUUAUAGGGCCUAUAAAUUCAAGUCUUCAGCUUAGUUCAAGACUGGUUAACAUGGACCAGUUUUUCUGGAACCUGCAAAAACCAUAAACAACCAAGAUCUAUAAAAGUAAUUUUUCCUCUUGGAAGACCUUAUAUUGUGCUUUCCAGCUUAUUGAAAGCAAUUAAAUAUAAAUGUUAAUUGCAUAUAUUUUAGUAACUUAUUAAGACAUACUGGUACAUAUUUUAGUAUAGAAGAUUAUCAAGUACAAGAAUUACCUUCUGCUACUUGGUGACAAAUAAUGCCAGUUAUAAACCUAAAUGUUGAUCUUAAAGGUCAAGGUGAUAGCUAGAAUAAAAUUUAACUUUGACCCAUUUUAGUAGGUUACUUUAUAUGUUAGAUCCAGAAGUAACCUUAAGUUAAAAAUACUGAAAUAGAGCUGAAAGAUUAGGAAAACCUGUGUAUCUUGUGGCACAUGAUACCUGCAUGUUAAUAAAGACUAAUGACUGAAAGGUUUGAUGAACACUUGGUGUUUGAUCUUUUUAGCCUUGCUUUUUCUCUUUUUCUGAGGAUAUAUGAAACUUCAGGACAUCUUGCCAUAUGAUUGAAUAGCAGAAAUUUUUUAUUUGGUUAAAUUUAAGAGAUGAUUCCAUAUAGUAUUGAAAACCUUCCCAGUUUUCUGACACUUGGUGAUUAGUUUUUUUUUAAUUAUGUGCAAAUCUCAAGUAUUUUAUUUAAGCACAGAAAAUAUUACCACAAAAUCCUUUGUUUUAUUUAGUUAAUACUUCACUUUUGUAUUGUCUAGAUUAUUUUAGGCUUUUUAGAUUGCUUAUCCUUCAUGCAAUUAUUGACAGGUAACAGUCUCCUUUUGAAGAGCCUUUGUUAUAAUGAGAAAUACAAUUUAAGCAGUAAAUUCAGCUGACGAUCAAAGAGAAAUAAAUUUAGAGACAUCUUGCUUUGUAUGGAGCUGUCAUCUUAGCUGUGAGGUGUUUUACUAAAUUUAUCUAUUCUUUCAAAAUAGUGCAAAUACUCUGAGAAACAAUAUAAAAUUGACAUUAAAGGUUGAAGAGUGUUUAACCCUAGUAAUUCCUAUCUAUAUAGAAAAAAUUUCAUACAAAUUAACAAAGCUUGGAUGUAUUUAGACUUAGCAAUUUAAAGUUGAGCUUUCAUUUAGUUUUAUCUAAGUUUGUUAAAACACUAAAGAUCUGGAAAUCAAUAGAUGCCGCUGAUUUUACAUACGAUGUUUUAUUUGUAAUGUACAAAUUGGGUUUAAUUCCAGGCUAGUCAUAUUUGCGCCAAGAUUUUAUAUUCCUAUUAGGCUAAACUCUUAAAUAUUGUACCUAAUGGUUUGUUGGUUUAAGCAAAUAUUUAUUAGCCUAGAAGUAUUUUGGUAUACUAGAGCACCAAGCCGAGUUAAAAUGUCUAAGCUCUUGUGCUAGUGAGCCAUGUGAUCUCUAGCAAGGGACUGGGUCUUAAUCUCACUUCUGGAAAAUUUAGGAGACUGCUCAUCUAUGGGGUGAUAUUGACAGUUUUUAAUGAACAAAUAAGGUUGUGUUUGCUUACUUUAAAAAAAAAA